UCUAACCGCAAACUCGUGUCUCCGCUGUCUUCUAGAUCCUUCUUCGGUCUUAACAAUAUCAGGUUUUCAUUUCUACCUUUCUUCCUUUUUUUUCCCACUUCGCUGGAAUUCAACACCAUCGCAUUCUAGAUCCUUCCAACACCCGAACCCUCUAGACCCAAAUCCAACAUCACCGUUAUUAUUAAAACCACCGUGCUCUUCCCUUCAUCACAACAACACUCCGUUAUUUGCACAUCCGUCUCGAUGGCGAAGUUCGGCGAGGGUGAUAAACGUUGGAUCGUGGCGGACCGUGCUGACGGCACCAACGUUCACAACUGGCACUGGGCUGAGACCAACUGUCUCGAAUGGUCCAGAACCUUCUUCCGAAAGCUUUUCGCCAACGUCGUCGUCGCUGACGGUGACGUCUCCGUCACCGUCAAGAAGGUGGAAAAACUCGACGGUGAGGCCUACGUUAACGUGCGCAAGGGGAAGGUGAUUCCCGGUUACGAGAUCGGCGUUACACUCGCUUUGGAGAGUGAGGUGCGUGGCUCCAACGGGAAGCUCCUGCAGAAGGUCGAUGGCGCCGUCGAGAUCCCGUACAUCUCCGAUGAGAACGCUGGCGAGGAUCCCGAGGUUAGGGUUACGGUGAAGGAUAGCGGAGAGGUUGGGAAGAGGUUGAAGCAGGUGGUGGUGGAGAAGGUGAAACCGGUGAUUUUGGAGAAGGUUAGGGUUUGGGUGGAGAGCAUGGCGAAGGGUGGGCCAGUGAAGGAUGACCUUGAAGCGAAGAAAGUGGUGUCACAGAAGAACACUAGUAGUAUUAAUAGUAAUGGUAAUGUUAAUAUUAAUGGUAAUAAUGGGAACGAUUCGAAGAAGAAUGAGAAGAGUGAAGGGAAGAAGGGGUUUAAAACGAUCAAUUUGACAGAGAGGUUUAAUUGUAGGGCGAAGGAUUUGUUUGAGAUUUUGAUGGAUGAGAAUAGAUGGAGAGGUUUCACACAUAGCAAUGCGAAGAUUAGCAAGGAGGUUGGGGGUGAGUUUUGUAUUUUCGAUGGGUCUGUGACUGGGGUAAACUUGGAGUUGCAGGAAGGGAAGUUGAUCGUGCAGAGGUGGAGGUUUGGGAGCUGGCUUGAUGGGAUUCAAUCCACGGUCAGGAUUGUGUUUGAGGAGCCUGAUAGUGGAGUUACAGUUGUUAAGCUCACGCAUAGUGAUGUGCCUGAAGAAGACAGAUAUGGCAAUGCGACUGUGGUGGAAAACACAGAGAGGGGAUGGCGGGAUCUCAUUUUCCAAAGGAUAAGGGCUAUGUUUAGUUUUGGAAUUUGAGGUUUUCUGGAUACUAUCUGUAUUGUAAAAUUUUUCUUUUUUCCUUUCAAGGGAUUUUUGUUUCCUUUUCACUUUUCAGCAAGGAAAGAUUAUUGGAUUGACCAGUGCAAAAGACGAAGUGUCUUUUGUUCGAUUGAAUGAUCUUUCUUGUUGUAUCUUUUAAUUAAAAAUGGGAUUUAUCAUAUCAUUCAUCAACGUUUUUAAUUUUAUUGGUAUCUUUUGUCAUUGUUUUAAC